AUGUCGUUGACCAACACAAAGACGGGCUUUUCUGUAAAGGACAUUUUGGACCUUCCUGACACAAAUGACGAAGAAGGAUCUAUCACCGGAGCGGAGGAAGACACGGAGGGAUCGGAGACCACGUCCACGACAAAAACCACUGGAGUUUUGGUGCAAAGUCCUCUAGAAAACGUUCAGAAUCUGCCUUUAAAGAACCCAUUUUAUGACAGUAGUGACAAUCCUUACACACGAUGGCUUGCUACUACGGACAGUAUUCAAUAUUCAUUGCACGGUCUGUCCGCCAGCUCUCAGGACUCCGCCAAGUCCCCGGAGCCGUCCGCGGACGACGAAUCGCCGGACAACGACAAGGAAACUUCCAGCAGCGGCGGCAGCGACUCCGGCAAGAAGCGGAAAAGGAGGGUGUUGUUUUCCAAGGCGCAGACCUACGAGCUGGAGCGCCGCUUCAGGCAGCAGAGGUACCUGUCCGCCCCGGAGAGGGAGCACCUGGCCAGCCUGAUCCGCCUCACCCCGACCCAGGUGAAGAUCUGGUUCCAGAACCACCGGUAUAAGAUGAAGAGAGCCCGGGCCGAGAAAGGUAUGGAAGUGACCCAUCUCCCUUCUCCCAGGCGGGUGGCCGUGCCCGUCUUAGUCAGGGAUGGAAAGCCUUGUCACACUCUUAAAGCUCAGGACUUGGCGGCCACUUUUCAGGCCGGGAUCCCCUUCUCGGCUUACAGUGCCCAGUCACUCCAACACAUGCAGUAUAACGCGCAGUACAGCGCCGCGGCCACGCCACAGUUCCCCACAGCACAUCAUUUGGUGCAAACGCAACAGUGGACUUGGUGA